AUGCCGAACCCCUUCGACCCAAAAACAGAUAAAUCCAGUGUAAACCCUCCGAAGGGUUACAAAUUACACCCCGACCAUGUUCACUUCCAAAAGUAUCUUCAGCCACAACACCCCAUUUGGAAGAAUGAGAAAUCACUUCGUUCUUUUCAAGCUGAGAUAGGGUUCUACCUCCAGCCCUGGUGGCAUGCAGAGCCGAAGUAUCUUCCUCAGCUUGCUGAAAAGCUAGGACUUCGGGAAGCUACCCCGAAACAAAUGAAGGAAGAGGGUAUUCGGGCGAUUACUAGAGGGUCACGAUGUUAUUCGGCGGAUGAGUCGGCCACAAAGCCAAACUGUCAUGUCCAGUUUUGUGUUUCGGCUUUCAAUUACACACAUCCCGAAGUGAAAUGUGUCAAUGUACCUGAUGGUCGACCAGUGUUUCUCAACCGUUGGGACGAAGGAAAGUUUCGUGUCUGUGUGCACUGUUAUAACUCCACAAAGCCCCCUCUCACCUGCUCCCUCAAGGGCAAGCCGACCAAUUUCCUUGUCGAAGAGUCCUCCGAAAGUGAAAAACGACCGAAAAAGUCAUCACAAGGUCAGGACAAGCCUGAGGACAGCUCGGAUUCUGAUUCGGACUCAUCGGACUCUGAACAUUCACCACAUCCCUCCCCUCCGAAACCUCGCCGGCCAGCCACCACAACACGCUCCACAAGAGCUUCGGCUCCCAAGAAAUCGGUUUCUCCCCCCCCUCCCGAAAAAGGAAAAGGAAAGGGAAAAGAAAAAGCUCCCCCUGCAGCUUCCACGGCGAUUGGGUUCUCAAAUGCGCCACUGCAGCAACCGGUAGGACCGAAGGACAAGCGUAGGACUGCUAGGGGAGGCACUGUCGCAGCUGGGGAUGCUGCAAAACCCGGUCCGAAAUGGGUUGUCAGACCUUCUCCGAAACCUCUCACCGAAGCGCCUACGUCUGCUAGAGAGCAACCUCGUUCGGAGGGAGAAACAGAACUGUCUUCUCCAGCUGGUCCUAUUCUUGUUCAAGAUUCCAGCUUGGGUCAAGAUGAUGGGGAAGAAGGACCUCAACCGGAACCAUCUACAGCCCGAAAUGAGAGGCCACGAUUCCCUCCCCGCCCUCCAAAAUUUGCCGAUGUUGUUCCCAAAAAGGAACCCUCCGAAACCGCCCCCCCCGUUUUCUCUGCAGGUUUGCCAGCUGGGGUUUCUCCGAUACUUGUCCGAAGUAGUCCUGUUCAUCCUCCUGUGAACAAGCGUGCCCUGGAGGAUGUAGAAGAGUCCCAGGCCGAACCGAAACGGGCUCGUCCGUUCUCCAUUGAACAAGGUCCUCCCCAGCCCGAAAUGGAUCUUACCUCCGAAAAGGUGCCCACAAUGUCCCCUGUUGGUCCUGUUCCUUCUCCUGCCGUAUCUGUUCGACAACAGGCCGUUCCCUCUGCUCUAGACCCAUUUAUAGCACAAACACAAUCGGUUUUGGGUGUUACAUUGCAAGAAUCACCAACAAUCCCUUCGCCUCACCAAGCUAAAAGUGUCACACCGGCCCCCUUCCCCAGCCCCUCCCCUGCUCCGAAAGCAGGCCCUCCUCCAAACCUUCAACCUGGAGGUAAAGCAGUGGCUACAGCAGAAGCGCUGGGUCGAUCAGGUGUGCAGAGUCUUCCUGGUCCAAACCCAUCAACCAAUGUUCCGAAACCCACGAUGGCUCCGAAGCCCAUAGUUCCUCCACUCUUUGCUUCCCAAUCGGCUCCCCCUCAGACUCCACCUCCCACUUCUCUCAUUCGUUCUCAUUCAGAAUUCGUUGGCUCUGGUCCCACAGCUUCGCCAGGUCAGAUACCCUCCAUUCCUGUCACUUCGGUCAAUGUGGUCAGUAAACUCCCUCAAAUGAACCCACCACUCCAGCCCGAAUUUCGGACCCAAAGGCCCACUGUCCCUUCCUUGGACCAGCCUGCACCCGAAAAGGUUGUCCCUUACAUCCCGGCUCCACCGUCUACCAUGCCCGAAGUUGAACAGUGUCUGCAUCGUAUGAGUGAGUUUCAAGAGACUCAGGCUCAGUUUGAGGAGCAAUUCUCUUCCCGAAUGGUUGCUCAAGUUUCCGAAAUGAUAGACUAUUACCGAGAAAUCAACCGAGGACGUCAUCAAGCCUUCUCCGAAAGUGUCACACAAUCACUUUCGGGUGUGAGAGCUAUCAAUGGGACAUGGAGUGAAUUCAAAGCGCGGUAUGACUCGGUGGUUUCUGAAAGAGAUGUGGCUCAAGGAGAGGUAAAGACACUGGACCGGCUGUACAAAGAGCAGAUUGAUAAGAAUGAGGAGAGAGAUCAUGCUGUUGCCCGAGUCACCGCCGAAAAGGACGCCGAAAUUGCUUCAAUCCGAAAGCAGUUGGAGGAGACUCAGGAAGGGCUCAAGACUAUGAGCCAGAGGUUCGCUAGUGCAAUGGGGGAUAAGGAAAAGGAGGCUCAGGCUCGUCAGUUUGCUGAACAGCGGUGUUCAGAUCUGGCCAGACAGAUGGCUGAGAAGGAAAACACCGAAUUGGAAACUCUCCGAGCUCGUCUUUCGGAGGCUGAAGCAGCUAAGGGAGUAAUGCAACAGCAAAUCGACGAGGCAUUGCAGUUUGUGCAAAUUACCGCUGCCCUGCAAAAUGAGACUGAGAUGGAGAAUGUAGGGUUGAAGGAACUCAAAGCGCAGUUGGAGGGAGCAAAUGAGAAGUUACGGGCGGACCUUCAAGUGGAUCAAGAGGAGUGGGAAUCGGCCAACUACACCAUCAGGCAACUUGAGUCAGAACUCCAAGAGGCCAAACAAGAAAAGGCUCGGCAACAAUUCCGCUUUGACCUUAGGACCUCCCCUGCGAAGCCGAACGAGUACUCUGACCGAAGAAGAGCUCACAGUCUUGAUCUCCCUUCCACCAAGAUCACCGCUCGAAACUCCGAAAAUACCGCACCGAAUCCCGAAAAUGACCCUUCCAACUCCGAAAAUGUACUUUCUUCAGGACCAACACCUCAUGAUGCCAUUCCCACAAUCCCCACAAAUGCAGAUCUCCAUUCUUCUCAAGAUUAA